UAGUUUUUUUGCUCUUUGGUAGUACAAAAAUGGAGCGCUGAAGCCAAAGCAAAUUGUACAAAGAGAGUAGUGAUAAGUAAGAGACCUUCUUCCUUGAGUAAAUUAAGGAGAGGGAAAGGUGGUCCAGAAAAUGCUAUGUGCACGUAUCGAGGAGUAAGGCAAAGGACAUGGGGCAAAUGCGUCGCUGAGAUACGUGAACCAAACCGUGGCAACAGGCUUUGGCUUGGAACUUUCAAUACUUCUCUUGAAGCUGCACUUGCUUAUGAUGAAGUAGCUAGAAAACUCUAUGGUCCAUCUGCUAAACUCAACCUGCCUCAGCCUCAUGGCUUCCCAUCUAUCACCUCUUUCCCUGGAAAUCUUGUUAACUCAUGCAAAGAAACUGGCAUGCUGGGAAGUCCUUCUGUUGGGGAGUCUUCAGGUUCUAGUGGGAGUUCAAUCCAAAGCGAAGAGAGGUUGGUGAGAAGAAAAAUAAAUACAGAAGGGUUUAAGGGAUCAGUUAGUUUAGGUGGUGAUAGAGAGGAAGACUUUUAUUGGCUGGAGUUUUCAUUAGAGAAUGAUUUCUUGAAAAUGAAUGGCAUUGAGGUUUUGAUCGGCCAAGAGUUCAAGGGUAAUUGGGAUGGAAAUGAAAUUGCUGGAAUGCAGAGUUAGUGGUUCUUUUAAGCAUUUUUUAGGUGUAAAUUUAUCAGGCUUCCUUACAUACUUUAAGGGCUUCAGAGAUCCAUAGAGUGGUGGAAUUAAGAAUUUUCUUUUUCUAAAGAGGUUGCAUGUUUAUGUUGUGUAGCAAAAGUUUUGGAGGGUUUUUUUUUUUUUUUCAAUUUCUUCUCUUUGUCAUAGUAGCAGCAUCUGUAAUUUUUUUAUUGGGUUCCGCAAUGGCACUGAAACUUUUAAGUUAUUGCACCCUUUUUCUUCCCAAAUGGAAAGUUGGUUAAGAUGGUUCAGUUAUGGAGAACCCUGUUCUGGCAUUAGCAUUAGGCCUAUUCUUGUUCAAGCAUUUUCUUUCAUUUUGAUUUCUUUUGACAGAUGAGAAUGAUAUUUUGAGAUAUAUUGGGUACUACAUA